UAUAACAUUUAAUGUAAAUAACUAUAUCUACGUUUUUAAAUAUUCGAAGUUAUAUUAUAAUCCGUGCAUUCGGUUGUUUGCGUUACGUACAUUUUGCAUUUUAGUUUUUAUGAAUGAUGAAGUGUACUGUUCCAGGUUCAAAUGCAAAAAUUAUGGGAAGAGCACUGCACGCUUUGUCACGUAUUGGGAAUGUAUUAUAUAUAGAACCAGGUAUCGAAGGAUUAUCUUUUAAGGCGGUGAAUUCUGUGAAGUCGGCAUAUGCUGUUAUAAAUUUUUUACCGAACUUUUUUACGGAUUAUAACCUGGAUAAUUCAAGCGAAGAAGUAAGACAAAGCAUGAAGUGCAAAAUAGCCAUCAAAUCUUGUCUGUCGCUCUUCAAGAUAUCAAAUCUGGGAAAAAAGGUAGAAAGUUGGCAGAUAAAAUUCGAUAUGAGGAAUUCCAAAAUAGUAUUUUUUGUAAAAUGUCGUAAUGAUGUUAUUAAAACGCAUUAUUUGCCAAUAUUGGAUAGUGAUUCUCUUCAAGCUUCCUAUGCAAAAGAGAACAUAGUGAAUUCAUUAGUCUUUAGAACAAAUGUUUUGCUAGAAGCUAUGAAUAAUUUUCAAGCAACUGAAGAAGAUGUGACCGUUGAUGUAAGAUCAGAAUGUCUAUUUCUAAGGAAUUAUGAGGAAUGGAGUAUUAAAAAUAAAAUAUUAAAGACUGAAUUGAAAAUGACGUCCAAUGAAUUUGAGGAAUAUAGGAUCGACUAUGACACAGUAAUAUCAUUUUCAAUGAAAGAAUUCCGAGCUAUUUUGAAUUUUGCCGAAUUUCUUGAUUUGCCAGUUAAAUUUAAUUUUGAAACGACUGGAGUCCCGGUUAUUUUUACCAUUUCAAAUGAUUCUACUUUCGAAGCUAAUUUUGUGAUGGCUACUUCAGAACCUGAUAAUGAAGAUGAUAUUAGUAGCAGGGCUCAAACUUCGGAGAGAAAUGAAAGUAAUUUUUCUGCUGCUAGCAAAACUAAAAGAAAAGAUAAAAAUAAUGUGGGAUCGUCUGGAGAUGUUUUGUUUAAUUUUCAAAAUAAAGUGUCUCAAAACUCGUGCCCACAAUAUGAUCAAGUUCAGUUUACAGAAUCUUUGCCAAAUUUCUCGGAACAAAUUAGUUCUGAAAUUAGAGAUGAUUCACUUCCUGUUAAUGACGAACUUGUAAAGUCAAAUGUAAUUCCAGCUUCUCCUCAAUGUGAUAAAUAUGAUAAAAUCAUAAAAAAAGUAUUUAAACGAUGUUUUGAAGCAACUUAUAAUCCAUCCAAUGAUAGACCGAAUGAAAAUGAAAUAUUAGCAGAAGAUUCAGAUGUUGAAUAG